UCAGAGUUCCUGAUUUUUCUUGAGACAACUCUACUCUCAUCUGUAUCCAUGGAUGAACUUCAGGAUGUUCAGCUCACAGAGAUUAAACCACUUCUAAAUGAUAAGAAUGGUACACGAAACUUCCAGGACUUUGACUGUCAGGAACAUGAUAUAGAAACAAAUCAUGGUAUGGUCCAUGUCACUAUAAGAGGCUUACCGAAGGGAAACAGACCAGUUAUCCUAACUUAUCAUGACAUUGGACUCAAUCAUAAAUCCUGUUUCAACACAUUCUUCAACUUUGAGGAUAUGCAAGAGAUCACUCAGCACUUUGCUGUCUGUCAUGUGGAUGCCCCAGGCCAGCAGGAAGGUGCACCUUCUUUCCCAACAGGGUACCAGUACCCUACAAUGGAUGAGCUGGCUGAAAUGCUGCCUCCUGUUCUUACCCACUUAAGUCUGAAAAGCAUCAUUGGGAUUGGAGUUGGAGCUGGAGCUUAUAUCCUCAGCAGAUUUGCACUUAAUCACCCAGAACUUGUGGAAGGCCUCGUACUCAUUAACAUUGACCCAUGCGCUAAAGGCUGGAUUGACUGGGCAGCUUCCAAACUCUCUGGCUUUACGACCAAUGUUGUGGACAUUAUUUUGGCUCAUCAUUUUGGACAGGAAGAAUUACAGGCCAACCUGGACCUGAUUCAAACUUACAGACUGCAUAUUGCCCAAGAUAUCAACCAAGAAAACCUACAGCUCUUCUUGGGUUCCUAUAAUGGACGCAGAGACCUGGAAAUUGAAAGACCCAUACUAGGCCAAAAUGAUAACAGAUUAAAAACAUUAAAGUGUUCUACUUUACUCGUGGUAGGGGACAACUCACCUGCUGUUGAAGCCGUGGUUGAAUGUAAUUCUCGCCUCAACCCUAUAAAUACAACUUUGUUAAAGAUGGCAGACUGUGGGGGACUGCCCCAAGUAGUUCAGCCUGGGAAGCUCACCGAGGCCUUCAAGUACUUUUUGCAGGGAAUGGGUUACAUCCCGUAUGUGCAGCUCAGUCACCUCAGCACCGAGUCAGUACCAUCUGCCGGCAUGACCCGGCUCGCCCGAUCACGAACCCACUCAACCUCGAGUAGCAUUGGCUCUGGAGAAAGUCCCUUCAGCCGGUCUGUCACCAGCAAUCAUUCAGAUGGAACUCAAGAGUCCUGUGAGUCCCCUGAUGCCCUGGACAGACAUCAGACUGUGGAGUUGUCCUGCUAAGCAGAUGCUCCUCCCCGGACCAUGCAAAUCCACCCUUCAGAUCACCACUCCAUAGCACAUUUCAUGUGUAAACUGGCCUCCACUAUCUUUAAUUCAUGCAUGGCCACUGAACCUUUCUCUAGUAGCCUGGAUUUAUCAUUCUCUGCCCACUCACCCCUUUUUUGUAUGUACCAAGAAUCACAUCCAUGCCAUUACUGUAACAUUCCAGCAUCUUUAACUGAUCUAAUUUCCACAUCUUCUCUUGCCAGCUUUUUUCUGUGCUCUCUCAACUAUGUAUCUGAUAUAAUUCUUUGAUCCCCAACUCUGUGUGUGUGCAAGCACGUGUAUCCGUGUGUGUGUGUGCAUAGUUCUGUGAUUUUAGACAUGCUUUCUUGUAGUGUUUCUGCGGGGCGGGGGCUUUUUGUCUUUUCUUUUUCUUUUUCUUUCUUUUUUUUGCAUUCUCAACAGUGUUUUUUAAGGGAAAGGUACAGCACAGAUAUCUAGAUGAGCUAGGCCACUAGGUUCCCUUUUGGUUGCAAAUUGAUCAACAAGAUUUGCAGAAUGAUUUCUAGAGAGAGCAACUCUGAGCAAUGUGGAAAACUAAUCACUGUUUGGACUAUUGAUUGAUUCUGACCAGAGGCGAAAGGGUUGUCUUAGGUAAGAGAGGCAGGCAGGGAGGCCAGCUACCUCCUCCUAUCCAGAUGGGUUCACAUAACCUAUCCUAUAAAUAAAAGGGGAGCAGUAUGUCCUGCUGGAAGUUUGUGAACAGUGAGGUU